AUGAAAAAUAAAUUAGCUAAGUAUAUUUUUGCGCCAUUAAUAGAUGCCAAAGGUAUACGCAGUGAUGGCUCUACUCUACUUCCUCCUUCGACCAUCCAGAGGCCAAACAAGAUCUCAUAUUCAUCUACGACAAUGUCGAUGGGGGAAAAGAGAGAAAAUCAGUACGCUAAUUUUCUAAAUCGAACCAUUUUUACUAUCAUUAUGGCUUAUGUAUUCCUCGCUUCUAUUUCACUUGGUAUUCUAUCUGGAAUCCCACUUGUCCUUACAAUAUCAGUUACCAUGUUUUACGAAAUUACGCGAAUAAAUCAAAAGGUUCGGAAGGAACGUCGACUUCAGUCUGUGCAAUUUCUGAAAUGGUACUUCUUGGUCGUUUGCAUGGUCAACGUGACGCUCUCCAACUUGCGUCAACCUCUACUGGACACUUACCCAUCACUACUUCCACUUUAUGGUAAGUUGCCAUUUUUGUCCUUCAGCUUUUUUGUGAUGGGAAUUGUGGGUUUCGUGCUCAGUUUGCGCAAGGGAAUGUAUCGAUACCAGUUUAUUCAACUCACAUGGACAGCAAUGACGCUCAUGUUUGUUGCGGGACCGUGCAUCGGGGGAUUGAGAAAUAUGAUUCGAGGCAUGAUUUGGUUUCUUCUCCCGGUUAGUUGUGUUAUUAAUAACGAUAUUUGGGCCUAUGUCUUUGGCAAGCUCUUUGGUCACACCAAAUUGCUUGCGCUUUCUCCCAAAAAAACCUUGGAAGGCUUCAUAGGUUCCUUUUUGUUCACUGUUAUUUGGUCUUUUUGGUUUUGUGGGUUCCUCAGUUACUUUCCCGUAAUGUACUGUCCGGCUGUUGGCUUCACAAACAGCAUCAAUUCAGUAUGUGAAAAGGAUCCAUUGUUUGUGCAAGUUGAUGUGCAACUGCCAUUGUGGGUACGGUGGAUAUCCGGAAACUAUUUGCACAGCUUGAAGAUGUCCCCUGCACAAAAGCAUGCCAUUGUGUUAGGAUCCUUUGCUUCACUGUUAGCACCCUUUGGGGGCUUCUUUGCUAGUGGUCUAAAACGAGCGUUUAAACUUAAAGAUUUUGGCGAUCUUAUCCCUGGCCAUGGUGGAAUGACGGAUCGAAUGGAUUGCCAGGGCAUCAUGAGUCUUUUCACUUAUUUUUACCUGCGAACAUACGUUUAUUGUGAAGCCAAGUGUCCUACUCCCAGUGAAAUAACUCGUUGCGCGUUGAACAUGGGCGUCGACAGUCGCAUGAGCCUUUUUAAGGAACUAGAACACUCGUUACAAGGCUGA